AUGACUGCGUCAUCGCUGCGCGGUGCGUUAGAGCUCCAAGGGAGAGGCACGUGGAGAAGGCGGAGAGGGGUGGGUGUUGAAGGGUGGGAGGAGAUAACUUUGGAAGUGCGGUUGAGUGGCGGAGGAAUCGUUGAGGAGGUGGUGUAG